AUGGAAUCAGCUGCUUCUUUCGUCCUUCUUCUCUCACUUGUCCUGUGUGCCCAUAGAAGUGGAGCCAGGGAGAUGACUAAAAAACAUUGGAGAGAGUCAACAGUGAUUGAUGAUAAUCACCCUAAUGUUUUGCGGCUUCAUAGCAUGGAUGUUCAUAUCAACCAUGACAAUAAUGUCCAUGAUAAGCAAGAUAACGACGCUAACCGAGAAAUACAUACAGAGCAUGUCCAUGCCUAUCCAUCAUCGAACAUGGAUCAUAUGGACCCUUCGUUGUUCGUGUUCUUUCGUAUGGAGGAUCUAAAAGCAGGGAAAAAAAUGGUGAUCUAUUUUCCACACUUGGACCUUUCUAAAUCUCCCAAGUUUUUGCCCAGAGAAAAAGAUGAUGCCAUUCCUUUCUCAUCAAGAGAACUCACAAACAUUCUUCAACUCUUCUCCUUCUCCCAAAGCUCUCCUCAAGCUGAAGUCAUGGAAGAUUCUCUUCAACACUGCGAGUUCAAGCCUAUUGAAGGAGAGACCAAGAUCUGUGCUACUUCCUUAGAAUCAAUGCUUGAUUUUGUGACUAGUGUUUUGGGAUUAGAGAGCCAAAUCGAAGUUCUAACCAUUACUCACCUCACUUCUAAAUCCAAAUCCAAUACCCUUGUACAAAACUAUACUGUCUUGGCAGAACCCAGAGAAAUAUCAGUUACCAAUUUGGUGGCUUGUCAUAGACUGAGUUACCCUUAUGCAGUUUUCAACUAUCAUCGUACAGAAACGAAGAUUAGGGUAUUUAAGAUAUUACUAGCAGGUGAUGAGGAUGGAGCUAAGGUGUAG